AUGGAAGGCGGCGAGGCUGACGAGCCAACUAAGAAGAGAGCUAAAAUAUAUGACCAGAAAUACUUAACGAAAUGGGAGGCAGACCCCAAGUAUAAAGGAUGGCUCGCUGCAAGCAAGAAAGGGGGGCACCGCUUCCUUUGCAAGGCCUGCGACGCCGACUGCAAGGGAGGAAAGUCGGAGAUAGACCGCCACCUUCAAACGGCCAAGCACAAGAAAAACGCUUCAAGCGUUAAAAGCACGCGCACUCUCACGUCGAUGCCAUUUGUGAGCGGCCAGACUCAACUCGAGAAGUCUGCCAAAGAGGGAGAAAUCAGGCUAACAGCAUUUGUCGCCGAGCAUAACCUGCCGUUUCAUAUCAUGGGACAUUUAGUGGACGCAGUAAAGGCAACGUGUCAUGACUCUCAGAUCGCAAAGAGCAUCACAUGCGGGAGAACAAAGUGUGCAGCCAUCGUCAAGAACGUUCUCGGUGAGCAGAGCCGGGAGGAGCUCUGCGAGCUACUUCGACAAGAAACAUUCUCGCUUCUCGUGGACGAGUCCACGGACCGGGGCACAAUUAAGCAUCUCUCACUUGUGGCCAGAGUGGUGAACCAGGACGGUAACGUUAUAGACGCGUUUCUGGCCUUAGUUCCAGUCGGCGACGCGUCUGCCAGUGCCCUGUACGAGCAUCUAAAAGCGGUGUUCAGCGCUGCCGAUAUCCCGUACAAAAACAACAUGAUCGGCUUCGCGGCAGACGGCGCGAACGUGAUGAUGGGGGCCCAUCAUUCAGUUGCGGCUCUCUUGAAGGCGGACAUUCCGGGCAUUUUCAUUAUGAAAUGCGUCUGCCACUCGUUCCACCUCUGCGCAUCAUACGCGUGCAAGACCCUCCCGAGGGGAGUUGAGGACAUGGCCCGCGACGUCUACAACUACUUUUUGUCUCCAAAGCAAACCUCCGGGUACAAGGAGUUCCAGGCGCUUGCAGACGUAAAACCGCACAAGCUGCUACACCCGAGUCAGACGCGGUGGCUGUCCCUGCAGGUCGUGGUGACACGCCUCCUCGAGCAGAUGCCAGCGCUCAUUUUAUUUUUCAAGAAAGCGGCCACUGAGGAUCGCCUGCUCGCUGCGGAGACAAUCCUCGACAAACUGCAAGAUCCUUCAACGAAGUUGUACCUUGAAUUUUUGGAAUACGUGCUGCCUCUCUUCACGAACCUGAACAAAGAGAUGCAGUCUGAAGAGACGAGAAUCCACCUGCUCAACGAGAAGGUUUCAGGAGUGCUAAAAACCAUCUUGGAGUUUUACAUGAAGCCAGAAUACCUGGAGGCCACCCCGUUGCCCGACGUCCAGUUCAAAGACCCUACCAAGUUUCUGCCUUUGGACCUCAUGUACAUCGGAGCCAAACCUACAGCAGCGCUGGCAAGUAACCUUCACGGCUUGGAUAAGAGUCAGAUCCACAAUUUUAGGCUGAGGUGUCUAGAAUUUUUUAUUGAAGCAGCACAUCAGAUCCAUCAGAGGUUCCCCCUGAAGAAUGACCUGAUGAAGAAUCUACGAGUCUUGGACCCCAAAGUUGUUGCCAACAAGGAAGUUUCAUCCAUCGCGCCACUAGCGGUGUCUCUCCCACUGCUUGUACCAGCAAGCGAAAUCAACGACUUGGACAGAGAAUGGAGGCUACUCCGAAACACGGACAUGAGCCAACAUACGAACUUGGGUGCCAGCCAGUUCUGGAACAGUGUGUCUCAAAGAAGGAAGGGCGACGAUACACCAGAGUUCCCAGUACUCUCCAGUUUCAUGAAAAAACUCUUGUGCCUACCACACUCCAGCGCUGCCGUCGAGCGUGUGUUUUCACAGGUGAAUCUGCUGAAGACGAAGCAGAGGAACAGGCUCUCAACGGACGCUCUGUGCGGUUUGCUCCACGCGAAGAGAGCUUUGGCGGCUAGCGCAUGUUCGAAGCUUGCGAUCACACCCGCACAUUUGAAGAGAAUGAAAAAAGAAAUGUACACCGACGGGUAG